GGGCAGGCUGGCUCCGCUCUUCUGCUCCAAGGAUUACAUGUCCUUCAAACGCCCUUGCCCCUAUAUUCACAGCUAUAGACAUCCCUCUGAACGCGGCUUUAGCUUCAUCUCACAAGCUUUGUACUGAAGAGGCCGUUAUGGUCUUAGUGGAGAGACCAGGGCCCAGAGAGGGCCUGGCUCAGUCCUAUAUUGGCUGCAUGACUGCAGUAGCACGAUACAACCGCACCAGCUACUUCUACCCCACAUUCUCAGAGAGCUCAGAGCACAGUCACCUGCUCGUGUCUCCUGUGCUGGUGGCGAGUGCUGUCAUAGGUGUGGUCAUCAUCCUCUCCUGCAUCACCAUCAUUGUGGGCAGCAUCCGCAGGGACAGGCAGGCCCGGCUCCAGCGCCACCAUCACCACUGCCAGCAACACGGAAACCAGGACUACGAGCAGAACCACGGGUCCGACGGGCGCACGUUCAGCCACUCCAGCCACAGGAUGCGCUCAGCCUGCAGCCCCACAGAGGACUGGCCCCCACCCUUGGACAUCAGCUCUGAGGGAGACGUGGAUGCCAUGGUGCUCAGGGAGCUGUACCCUGAUUCUCCACCAGGCUACGAAGAGUGUGUGGGGCCUGGGGCCACUCAGCUGUAUGUCCCCACGGACGCACCACCGCCCUACUCACUGACCAACUCCUGCCCCACACUGAAUGGCAUUCUCGACUCAGGCAGUAGCCCCAGCCCCAGUGGUCACAAGCAAGAGCAGAGGACCGGGACCCAGAGUGACCUCCACACCGUCUCCAUGGACAUGCUGCCCUCUUACGAGGCCGUGUGUGGGGCUGGCUCCCCAUCGGGCCUGCGGCUGCUGCCAGGACCAGAACCAGGUCCGGAGAACUCACGGGGCUUGGCUACUCCUACCCAGGCCUCAGCCUCAGGCCCUGAAAGGAUUGUGUGAGUGAUCCAGCCCACCAGGUCCUAUUGGUCCGUCCAGGCUGAGACACAUCCUUCAGACACACUCGGACACACAUAUACACACAGAUGUGCACACACAACUCAUGCAUACACACAGACAUGAUCACACCCACAGACACAGUGACAUACCCCAUGUGCCGCACAUAGACCUGCCCCACACAAGUGUGAACACAAGCAUCCACAGGCCCCACACCCACACAAAACCUACCUAUAAUGGUUUCCUUAGAAGUGAAGGUCUCCCGGCCUUCCACCCCAUCCUCCCUGGCCUGCUGGUUGUGCCUCUGUGGACAGUGCUGGGCAGAAGGGUGAAGCAGGAAUCAGGCCUUCUCUGCCCCCUCCCCCGGCUUCACCUGGUAGACUGGGCCCAAAUUCUGAUUCUGCCUCCAGAAACUGCUUGACCAGCCCAGGCCAGCUGCCUGCCCCGACCCCGGCCCUAGGGCUUAUCCUCCUGGGAGGUGGGGCAGGCCCCUGUGAGGUCCUGCUGUGUGCUGUGCCUAUCUCUCAAUUGCAGGACAGAAGAGUCACAUCACCAUCCUGCCAGUUACAGGGUGGGGACCUAGGUCUGGGGGCACAAGGACAUGGGAUGGGGAAGUCCCUUCCCUAACCCAGUGCCCUUGGGCUGGUGGUGCUAGCAGAGUUAUCUCAGAAGCCCACCCCAAGCUACAAGGGGGGGCCAGAGCCCUGAGUGGCAUGUGGUAGAGGAAACGGGGUUCCGUGAAUCCCACAUCAGUCUGACCACUGCCCAGGACAGAGUCUUCAGAGAAGAUAGGGCCAUCGCUGUCGUCCAGGGGGCCUCACCAAAGUCACUCUAAGGCAGAUGAGGGCCCCUGGUUCAGUACACGCCCAGCCAGUCACAGUGGCCUGAGCUCAAAUGGUCUAGAGCCACACCCCAGGAGCUGGUGCUGUCAACCUGGGUGGCAGCGACAGCUGGAAACUGUGAGUCAGGGCACUCCAGCCUUGACCCUGCAUGCUGUUUGCAGAGUCAAACUAAAGGGGAUAUGAGCGCCAUAAAAACCAUCAUGCCGCCACCAGAGGACCAGAGUCUCAGCUUCGCUGCCAGGGUUCUCCCACAGCCGGGGAUGUGUGGUCAGCCUGGUUGGGCACUCAGAGCUUGGCCUAUGGACCAGCCUCCAUCAGAGACCGUGUGGGUAACAGCAGCAACUCCUGAAGACCCAGGCUGCCAAGGGUGGCAGCCAAGGAUGUCUGAAGAGGGUCCCUGCCAGCACUGCUGUUGGUGGGGAGCAAGUAACCCGGCCUCCCUCCCAUCUGCCUCUGUCACUCAUCCUUAAACGGCAAGCUCCCCUUAACCUCCUCCCCAACAUUUAAUUUCUUCCGAUGAAGGGCUAAGACAAUUCAAUAAUCCCUUUCUUAAACAGAGGUGGUAAGAAUGGUGAUCUUGAAUUUUAUCUUCUGUAGAAAUAGCAUUUCUUCUGGUGCAGAGCUGAAAGGAAUCCACCCAGAGGGUCUAUAGCAUCCUGUGUGUGGCAUCAUGGAGUCCCAGACUCCGGCCUGGGUGAGGGACAUUGUUUACAAGCAGUUCUGUCCUCCUUUGUGGUAUACUGUUUUCUAGGCAAAAAAACAUCUGUCCGUUGUACUGUAUAGCCUUUAAAAUGUACCCCAGGGAUGAGACUCUUUUAGGAAAUGCAUUCUGUCUCUGAAACUCUAGAGUGCUGGGGAAAUAUAAAAAUCCCUGCCUACUCGUUGGUGUUUGAAGGUUGGAGCUGAGCAGCUUUUCUUGUUCCUGGACUGAUGCUGAAUAAGCAACGAUGUAUCUUUUCUGUGUUCAAAAUAACUAUAUCAAUAAAAAUGUAACAAGA